AUGAAGCUGGCCUCGAAGCAGGGCUCGGGUCCCCAGCAACAGCAGCAUGUGCCGCCGAACAAUUACACCAGCCGCAACCCCGUGUCCAGGGUGGAGCGGCUGCUCCGGGAAAGAGAACUAAGGAGAUCCAACCGGGUCGUCCACCACGACGACGAGGACAACGACAGCGUUAUCUCAGAGAACGAGCAGAGGGCCGGCGCUGGCGGCGAGUGGGUCAACGCCGAUGAGGAUGAGCUCUUGGAUGCGGCCGUUGCGGCGGUGAGGGCGUCCAGUGAGAAGCGUGAAGCGCAGGGCGGACGGCCUCUGAAGCAGCGGCUGCUUGUGGUGGCGAACCGGUUGCCAGUCUCUGCAGUCAGACGAGGCGAGGAUUCCUGGUCGCUGGAAAUCAGCGCCGGCGGGCUCGUCAGCGCUCUUCUUGGUGAGUGAGAAACACGCAAUUGUUGUUUCUUCUUCAAGCAGUUCAGGCUUUCGCACUUGAGAACGAAGGAAAGGUGGACUGGUUGCUGGCAUAUUUCUCUCAACCUUUUGACAUCUAGAUUGCCCAUGCUUUCUACCUGGUUUCUGGGUUUUCUUUCAGCAUCCCAUCCAAAAAAAAAAAAACUGAAAAUUCAGUCUUAGCCCUGUCAAGGUAAUGUGCCCUUUGUUUGAUUUUGCUGAACGGCGUGUUGCACUUGACGAGGUUUAACACCGCAAGCUCAAAGAUCAUCGCUAACCGAACAAAUCCUUUCCUAGGUGUGGAGUUCGAAGCUAAAUGGAUAGGAUGGGCAGGUGUGAAUGUUCCCGACGAGACCGGGCAGAGAGCACUGACGAAGGCAUUGGCUGAGAAGGUUUCUGCGGACCCAAGUCUUCAUCUUUCAAGUAUUGCUGUUCCAUCUUUCUCGUGACGCAGCUCUGAUAGAAACCUUAAACAAGGAUUUUUUUUUUUUUUUAAAGUUAAUUUUUAGCUGUAUCUGUUCGGUGAUUCGUUUUUUGUUUUAAGCAGAGGUGCAUCCCAGUGUUUCUUGACGAAGAGAUAGUUCAUCAGUACUACAAUGGUUACUCCAACAACAUAUUGUGGCCACUAUUUCAUUACCUUGGGCUCCCUCAGGAGGAUCGAUUGGCAACAACGCGCAGCUUCCAGUCUCAGUUUGAUGCCUACAAGAAGGCGAACCAGAUGUUCGCCGAUGUGGUGAACCAGUACUACGAAGAGGGAGACGUAGUGUGGUGCCACGACUACCAUCUUAUGUAUCUUCCGAAAUACCUCAAGGACUAUGACAGCAAAAUGAAAGUUGGAUGGUUCCUUCAUACUCCCUUUCCCUCCUCAGAAAUUCACAGGACACUCCCGUCACGAUCAGAGUUGCUGAGAUCUGUUCUUGCAGCUGAUUUAGUUGGGUGAGAAAGAAGAUUCCAUUCUGAGUUAUUUAUAUGGAUUUUCUUUGACUAAUUAUUUGAGUGGUUCCUUUCUUCUUUUGACAAGCAAUGGAAUUAUGAGAUUUAUGAGCCUCGUUUUCAUCUGUCUAUGUACGACCAAUAUCUGAAUAAUUUUAAUAUUAUUGUGGCAAAGUGUGAGAAAUUGGUGAAAGCAAGAGGAUGAAACUGACUGACUUUCAAAUGAGCCUGGAGGCAAACAUGAAUUAUGUAUUGGGGCCCCAUCUGGAAUUGUAAACGAUGAAAACUGCUUUAAAAGAAUCAUGCAUAAAUCCUGAUUCCAAAUGGUACAGAAUUGUCGUUUUUGAUCUGGAAACUUGAAUUGAUGUGUACGAUGAACAUUGUCUUUAGAAAUGGUUUCUUGAACUAAUGUAGAUAGUACCUUAUAACUUUCUUAGCCAACGUUGCAUUCAGUUAUAGUGUGAGAAGAAUACGUUCAAUUGGAUAUUUAAGGUUAAAGUCGCUUCCAAAAUCCUCUUCAUUUCGGAAAAGAUUUUAGAAUGAACUUGUGCUAUUUUAGUUUGAUUAAGGCUCGUGCAAUUCGAUACUAUCAUAAAAUAAUUUACUGGUUGACUUCUUAUUUGGUGCUCAGUAUUAUUUUCAUUCAAGUGCACAAGAUUUAUGCUACUGGUUUGUUUUCUAGUUGAUCUGAUGGGCUUCACCCUUUUGCAACUCUCUUAAUAGGAUGAAAAAAGCUUUUUAUUAUAUCGUUAUAUAAACAUUCUUAGAAGAACCAAUUAGCAAAAUUUCUCAACAUUUUUUGCACCAGGACCCACCAUAAUGGAAACCAAAAAGAAAUCUUUCGACAUUUGUUUGGGGGGCUUUGACUACUGUAAUGUUUUCUACUUGGUGGUUGGGGUCACAUUAUCUGUUCCUCUGAGCAUGAUUAAAGUGAAGACGCAUGGUGACACGAUUUGCCCAUGGAUGAUUAGUCCACUUAUUUUCGCGUGAAAAUUUCUUCAUUGACCUGACUAUGAUCUGUGUAAGUCGUUCUCUCGGCUAUCAUUCGCAUUAUCUGUGAUAUCUCUUGUAAAGAAACUCAUCCUACCCAGGUUACAGACUUUUGAAAAGCAACUUGCGUAGCUUAUAGAAUUAAUCACUCUUUGCACUGAAACAUUACUCUGAGAAUUAUGUAACCAAUUACAUUGUGGCUCCGAAUACAUUUCUUGUGGAUUUCUUGUCGUGUAAAAUUGUGUUUGAUCAUCAGACACUCAAAACGAAAAAAAACAAAGAAUUCUCAUGUCAUGAAAUCUUUUUAUACGACCCUCUGCCUAGUCUUCACUUGGCUAAUUGUGUAGUUACUGUUGGCUGUAUUCCAAGUUGUGUCUGGUGAGCUUUUCUCCUUUUUUGCACAGCGAGAAGUUUGUUAUAUUGUUUUUCUCAUACUAUGCGUUCCUUGGUGUGACUCGAAUAAUUGAGGUAUAUGUAAAUGAUUUCCAGAUUUCACACAUAUGACUAUGCAAGACACUUUGUCAGUGCUUGCACAAGGAUUCUUGGAUUUGAAGGCACUCCUGAAGGGGUGGAAGAUCAAGGGAAGCUUACUCGAGUUGCUGCUGUAAGAUUUGAGCUUUGAUUUUGUAUAUUAUUCAUCGAUAUGAUCAUCAUAGUUCGAAAAUAAUUGUGAAACGCCGUAUAGCAAUGAAAGUCCAACACCUGGCACGGCGAGAUCUAAUUCUCCUGCGGAAUUUUGUGCUAUAAUAGGCCCCCAGUUAGUUUUGCACAACGUUAGUAACCUUGACAUUUUCUUGUUAACUUGUAAAAUCUGGUCCCCGAAAAUUUAGGAAUGCCUGUUAAAUUGCUCUCCUAGCGUUUUUCAGUAAAUGUGAUUCAAGUGUUACGUUAAUUUACAAUAUUUCAGCUUAUUUCCUAAGUCUGUGAUUAAAUCAUUUUAUUUUAUGCUCUCAUUUUUUUUCAUCAUUCAUUCUAUCUCAGUUUCCUAUUGGGAUAGAUUCUGAUCGGUUUACCCGAGCUCUCGAGCUUCCACAAGUUCGAAAUCAUAUAAAAGACUUGAAGGAAAGAUUUUCUGGGCGAAAGGUCUGGACUCCUCUUCUUUACCUUGCUAUUUUACUUCUGGUCAAUUUUCACACCGUUCAUAUUAAAAAUCUCCAAUAUUUUGUCUUUAAAUGUCCACUGAAAUCUGUUUGUACCAUACUUGGAAGGCAGAAGAUUAGAAAACUUCUUGAUGUUGAUCCUCGUUUUAUUUCUAUAAAUGCAACCUAUUUUACAAAUGAAAGACUGCAGGGUUUGUGAUGUCAAAUAUCACGCAGUAUAUCCUACUGUUCAUUUAGUUCUAUCAACAGUACCGUUAGUUUUGGGGCUUACAAUAUGCCAUGUUGUCAUUACAAGACCGAGAAGGUGAUAUAUGUGGUCUUACUUGAAGACCAGGAUGAAUAUUGACAAAAUAUCUGAAGUACUACCUACUGAAAGAAUAUGAUGGUUGAUACUAUAUCUUUGUUGAUUUUAGGAAAAUGAAGCAUCCCUCACAGAGAAAUAAGGGAUAUUAACUGUUAUGCUUACCAUUUUAUUAGCUCCAACAUAUGUAGGUUGGAAAAUCUACUCACACGAGGCAUUGAAGAUGCCUUUUGGACACCAAGAGCACUAUUUGUGGCUAACCUGAGGUUGACAGUAAUUAUUUUUUUAAUCAUGAUUUACCCUAAUUUCAGGGGUAUUCGUUAUCCAGAUAGUUUCUUCUUCAAUUAUCAUGUUAUUGAGUGAGCUGAAUGCCCGAGUGAAAUUUGGAUUAAGAUUUUAUUUCAUAUCUGCUUCAUGUGUUUAGUUGGACUGUGAAUACGAGCCUUCAGAAAAUGUGCUACGACUUCCCAGUUAGACAAUCUAUUCAAGAGAACACCAACUAUUAUACUAUUGUGUUCGAUAUUCAUGACAAUCUAUUAUUGUCUAUAUCUUCACUCUGGCUCAGUGGAUUUUAUUGUGUCAUUUUUUUUCUUGACUCAUCCUACUCCCUUUUCUGUCAAAGAGCACGACAUAUGAAGGAAUUCUCAGCGUCCACUUCCAUCUAAAAUUAUAGUAUUCAUUAUAUUUACCAGCUCUUAUUGGCAUAGCUUGCAUCCUAUCUCUCUUUGUGGACUCUAAUCUCUGGUUUGUUGGCUUCUUUCCAUUCUUUCUGUACUUUUGGAACCUCACAAUGUGGCUACUGCUGCAAUCGAAUAAUGCUUGUUUUCUAUCUGUCAAGCCUUGAAAAGGGAUGAUUUGGCACAAAUGAAAUGCGUUAUUAUCUAGCUUUACUGUUGUGGUUUGCAAUCAUUCAUUAUAAGUUUAGGUUAUGUUCUAGAGUUCAUAUUAUCUAGGUUAUGUUCUUCUCUAGGUCCUUAAAAGAUGUUCUCGCUUUAGUUGAGAUCUAUUUUAUUUCUCAGUGAUUGAUUGGAAUCCAUACUAGCUUAAAAUUUCAGUCAAUUAUUGGUCUUUUUUUCCAUUAGGUGAUGUUGGGUGUGGAUCGGCUUGACAUGAUUAAAGGAAUACCGCAGAAGAUCUUGGCCUUUGAGAAGUUCCUUGAGGAAAACCCUGCUUGGCGUGAUAAAGUCGUUCUGUUGCAAAUAGCCGUACCUACAAGAACGGAUGUUCCUGAAUGUAUUCCUCCUCACACUUUUUUCUAUGAAUAGAUUUUUUAAACCUGCUCAUCAUGGAAGCAACGUGUCUCAUGCAAUAAUUCUAGAUUCAAAUUUUUCAAUCUGGUGCUUAGAUUAGUAUCUUCUCAACUUAAUUGUUUACAGUUUUCUGACACCUCGUAACAUACAGAGAGAUGUAUCCAGAAAACAAUUCAAAAUGUUUGGAUAGGUUUUCUUCUUAGCUGAAUUGAUUGGGGUUAACUUACACCAGCCUUCAUACAGAAAGUUAUCCGUUUAGCAAUUUGGUCUGUCAGUUUUACAGUCCACCCUUUUGAAACAAGUAGAUGGCCUUCGUGUGCAUACAUACAUACAUACAUACAUAAUAGACGUACAUAUAGGUCCAAAACAGUAAGCAUAUUUGACUGAUUUAAGUUUGGAAAUGUUCAGAAGACUAGCUGUGGAUAGGUAACUGAAACUUAUAGCGCACUACAAAUGUUACAAUAAAAUGUACGAAAUCGGGUGGAAUUUAACUUUGCGGUUCACGGUUCCAAGCAUUGUGUUUCAGACGUUCAUGGAUGCCCCCUCAAAGUUUUAGCCCGUGUAUUCUGUAGCUUCUUGUGCCCAUGCUUCACAAGGACUUUAAUUAAAUAAGUCUUCCUUAUCACUCCCUCGUUACUGUGAUAUCAUUGUACACAUUCUUUUCCUCGAUCAUUUAGAAUUCAUUUUAGUUAACACAUCAGAUCUGAAUGGAAAUUUUAUGAAAAAGCUAAUUUUUAUUUUAUUUUAUUAGUUAAUGGAGUGCCUUUAAAUCGAUCUGUGCUCAUCAGCUUCUGUAGAAGUCUGUCUCCCCCCUCCAACAAUUCUGACUCUCAAUUACUUCCUUAUCGCAAGUUUGCUUUGAAACACCUUUUUGCAUCCAAAGUUGUUUUUGGUUUCUCAUUAACCAAGACUCUUGAUUCUUACCAUAGAGUGGGGUAGGUUUAUCCAUUUUUGAGACAACUUUUACCUUUGUAUUCCGUAUUUCAUUUUUCUGAUGAUUAUUUAAAUUUAAAUAUUUCAUUUUCAACUAUUGUUUCGUAUCAUAAAUUGUAUAUCAAUACUUUUUCUGAAACUUACCUAUAUGAUAUAGGCCCAGUAAUGCUACAGAAGAGUUAGAUUUGAUAUUGUCAAAAUGUUUGUCUAGAAAACUGGGCUUUUCUAUGAUCUCAGCCUUUUUCUGAUGAAUGGCCAUCAGAGCGUAUUACUAUCUGAAAAAUCGUAAAUGCUUUAUUGUUUCUGUUCAGAGAAAACAGGUAUGCUUAACUUCCGCAGUUAUUGCUGUCAUGGUGGUGUAACUGAGGGGGCUUAACCAAGAGAAUGCUGUGUCGCAAGGAUCCUACACCGUCAAGCAAUAUUUCCAUCCAUAUGCAAGUAGGAGAAUUACUAGUCAUUGAGAGUAUAAUUGUUUUUUAGAGACAAUUUUUUAGUCAGCUCCAGAAAAGAUAUCAAUUGACGGAAGAACUUUUACACAAAAUGAACUGACUCCUGAAAUCCUAGUGAGUAGUUCGAAUCAAUAGGGGUAUUUCCCAGUGCAAGAAUACUCAGGUCUGGUAUUUAUAUUUCUAUGGACAAAGAAGAUUAACGGGCUUGACAUGAUGGUUAUUAUCAUCUAAAAUUUUCCAGUCUGAAUCAGCAUUAGUCUUUUUGUUUACUCGAAACAAGGUCUGAAGAAACUAGUCAAUCCCAAUUGGAAUCAGCCAUCGCCAAAAGUUUUGGAGGGAAUUCGAUUUCCAAUAUUGUCGUUGUUCCUAGCUGAUUCCUUGUUGACCUAAUCCUAAUCUGGAUAAGAUCAGACCCAACGAUCAACCUCAAUUGAUUCCCUGAUGUAAUGCAUAGAGAACAUAAAAUUGAGUUAAUAAUAAAAUGGCUCUGCGAUCUAGUUGUUUAAUCAUAUGGACUAUAGUUGUGGGACCUACAGUUCUUCUAUCUAGACUAUUAUCCGUUUCUGUUUCUGAUUUCUAAACGAAACUAUUUUCUCAUAUGAGAUAAAUAGGUGUUUUGGCUCGUUUUUUGAGCUUUUACUGGAGAUGUCGACACUCUUAUGUCCAGAAACACAGACACUUGUGUAUAUAUAUAUUAUAUAUAUAUGCCAUGUAUAAUUCAACAGUUUAUCAUGUAUUGUGCAUUGCUUUCUAUUGAAUCUUGCUAUCAAGGCGGGUUCAGUUACUCCUAUAGACGAACAUUCAUUGAAUAUUGCUGUUGUUCAGUUUCCCUUUAGUUCAAUUUUUUUCCUUUUUCUUACUUUUUGAAUUUUUUUGACAGAUCAAAAGCUCACUAGCCAGGUUCAUGAAAUUGUUGGACGUAUAAAUGGCCGUUUUGGUACCCUCACUGCCGUUCCUAUACAUCACCUGGUCUGCAUUUUUUACUGCCCUCUUUUGCUCUGAUCUAUUCAGUGUUGAAUUUCUUUUACUAGUUGGCAUACUGAAGACUCUUGAAUCAUCGGGAUGAUAUUCUCCUGAGCUUUGUUGCCUUUCUUAUUCAGGACGGCUUUAGUUGUGUAUCAAGUUGUAUGCUUUAUUAAUUCGUCGUCAUUUAGUUCAUUCUUAUAUUUCAUAUUAGUCGUAUUUGAGAAAUAAAUGAAACUGUUGCAUAAACUUCAUGAUAACUGAUCGAUAACUACUUGUCUGUUUUAUCUUUAAAAGAUGGAUGGAUUGUGUAUAUAAAAAAAUUCAAAGAAGAUAUUAUGAGGGAUAGUGAUUCAGAUGAUCAUCACAACUAUAAUCGGGCGAUGAGAGAGAAAAGUAUCUAGAAUGUAAGAUUAGGCAGUAUCAGAAUUUGGAACCACAUGGUCGCUCGGCUGAGCUGUAUAGAGUAAAUGAAGAUGCAAUCACUGUAUACGAUAUAUGAAGGGAAUAUAGAAAUGAAACAACAUUUACAAAAAAAUUAGUUUUUGGAAAAUAGUUGGGACGAGUUCUCUCCGAGCAUGUGUAGGAAACCCUUGUCCAUUGAGGAACAUGUGGCGGUCUCUAUCAAACGUGUUGGUUCCUUGACCAGUGGAAAGGCUGGGUGUGGAAUAGCAUGAAAAAUGGCGAACCAGUAUAUCAUCUUAUUCAUUUUACACUGUAUAUUGGUGAUUGUAUUCCUUGGAUUGCAAGGUAAUCACUGAUAAAUAUAUGUCAUGAUGGGCAAUCUCUGAGCAUUUACUUGAACAUUGUUGAUAUUUUUAAAACUUCCAUAGAUAAAAUCUGCGAAGAAAGUUUCAUUGGAGUCAAAAGAUAGUACGAACCAAGGACUCUGGCUCUGCAUGAUGUAUAAAGCAUACAGAGGAAUUUAUUCAGAAUGCAUGCAUUUACUUUAUAUGGAUCCAAUUCCUGUUGUCUACCUUCCACUGAUGAAUCUUAGAUUAUUGUAUGUUUGAAUGCCUUUGAAAUAUUAAAUCUUUGCAUAGGAAUUCAUUUCUUUCGUAAUCUAGAUCAUUUUAUUAUAGCGUUGGGAAGUCUAAGGGAAAGGUCGUAACUACAAUUUGUUUAUCUCAAUCCUCAUUCUCGCAUAUUUUAUUUAGGGAAGUCUAAGGGAUCUGUUCCUCGUUAAUUUCUGUUUUCCAAAUGUAGACCUUUCUCAAGUUUAUUUUAUUUUAUUUUAUUUUAUUUUAUUGCAGGACCGUUCUCUUGAUUUUCAUGCAUUAUGUGCGCUAUAUGCAAUCACAGGUACAUCGUUUAUCUCGCAUUACAUCUAGAUAUUUCUUUAUGCUUCGAUUUACUCGUGUAUUGCAGUCCACUAGUUCUUAUGUAUGUUCUUUUUCAUAAAUCAGUGAGAAAUGUGUAGUCUGUGUCACCCUCUGAAGGAAAUUACGUCUUUCUGGCAGAGCUAAGCAAUUCUGUGCUCCUGCUGUAGUCCUCCAAAUAAGUGGCUGCUUUAAAUAUGCAACUGGCUGUUUUAGGUGUCAUUGUGUCUAAACAUGUGCAUAUUUCUUGAGGGAAAGGAGGAGGGCAUCUCAGAAUACGAUCCCUCCAUAGGGAAACAAUACGAAAAACAUCAAUAACCGUGACAUCUGUUAUAUAUAUUUUCCCCUUGGUUUAUUAUAGUUUACUAUGUCAUAUUUUUUAAUUCUACAGUCUUCCCUAUCUCUAUUGUUGUUGUUCUCCAUCUAAAUUGAUUUUUUUUUCAACUUUAUGAUUUUGAUGUUUGUCUGUUUAGAUGUGGCUAUUGUGACAUCAUUACGAGAUGGAAUGAAUCUUGUCAGCUAUGAAUUUGUCGCAUGCCAGGAGGAAAAGAAAGGGGUUCUUAUUCUCAGUGAGGUAAGAAAAAGAUGACCCUGUUGAUUUCUAUCAGCCUGUUGUUUCUUUUACAAUGACAGAUAAAACCCAUAUAUUUGGAGCGUGAUGAUGUCAGAUGUGAAUGCCCUUCUAGAUUUGAACUUUUUUUUUUUUUUCUAUCUUUAGCCCAUGCUUGCUCUUAUUUCUGUUGCUGAUGGUAAUAUUUACUGUUCUCGAUGAAACUUUACUCUGUUUCUAGUGUAUAGGGUAUGGAGUCUCAAAACAUGUUUAUCAUUGAUCAAUAAGAAGCUUACGCAGUGUUGUUCUUAGUUUGCUGGAGCAGCUCAGUCUCUUGGAGCUGGAGCACUUCUCGUAAACCCAUGGAAUAUCACGGAAGUUGCUAACUCAAUCGGCUACGCAUUGAAUAUGCCCGCUGACGAGAGAGAGAAGAGGCAUCGACAUAACUUUGCUCAUGUCACUACCCACACUGCUCAAGAUUGGGCAGAGACUUUUGUAAGGUACAUUUUUAAGUUCAAGUUCUGAACUUGCAUGCCCACAUCUCCAUUCUCCACUCUUUGAGAAGCAUAAUGGACUGCGUUAUUAUUAUUAAAUUACUGCAAGCUAUUGGAAGAAAAUUGUCAUUUUUUUCUGGCAUUAUUACAAACCAAAAGAAAGGAAGCAGAUGAACUUUGGCAUUUACAAGCAUAAGAUGGCUUAUCAAUAUGUUGGCCAUAAUUAGAUUAAGGAAACAUCAUAAACGAAUCUGAUACUGCCUCUUGGUCUUUUCCUUCAUCUGACGUUCACACAUAUCUUGUCUCCACAUUUCCCAGUCUCAAAUUGAUAUCACCUUAUAGGCAUCUAAAAAGGGUCAAUGUUCAUAUCAUAUGUAUCUACAUUUUAAGUAGUGAACCAUGUGUUCAUAGUCAUCACAUUAUCCAAGUCGGUGUAUGUCGGUACCUGAAAGAACCAUGUCACAUAUGGAUAGAAUUGGGACUGUAAUUUUUCUUUUCAUAACAAUCAUUUCAACAUGUUAUUUUUCACUUCUUUAGCUUGCAUUUUGGUGGACCUCUAGUGUACCACUCACUAGUCGGUGGUAUGGGAGACUGAUUAGGGUGGUGCAAGAUGGUCGAAGUCGUGCUUAGUUCGCAGACUAUCCUUGAUAUCCAAGUGUCUUCUUCCAACAAGGCUUGAGAAAGAAGACCAGAUCUGGAUUGGAUGACCGAAUUAGUUAGGGUUUGCCUAGAAAAGGUGGGCUGAAUUGGGAGUUUAUACACGGGCCAUUGAAGGUUGGGUGAACGCUAAUGUCAUGCAGCUGAUUACAGUAGUCUGCGCUACCUUUUUCUCAUGGCACGCUAUGGAGAAUUUUGAUAUCAGCGAAUGGGCACAUCUUUGUCUAAGGCAUCUAAGAACAAUGGAUUUCAUUUUAACUGAUUAUCUCAUUUAUUAAAUGAUUAGCACUUUGGAGUCUCCCACCGUGAGGUUUUUUUUUUUCCAGAAACAUGAACACAUUUUUUUUUUCCAUAAAUGUACAUUAAUGUCCCGUUCAGCCUCUUCCAAGAACAUUUUCACCCGCUUCCAUAAAGAAACCUAUUUGCUCAUUUCAUCACAUCCGGAACAUUUCAAGAGAAAACGGGAUCUUCUACAUUCCUAAAUGAUGAAUUCUAGUUUUUUUUUUCAAUGUUUUCUCUCACUUAAACAGGUUCUGGCACAACGAGUGCAGAAACAAUUUACUUUUGCUGCAAAGAACUAUUUGUGAAGUACAUUACCUAAUCAUCUGAUGCCGUUGUCUGCCGUCAUCCUCAUAUCAUACCUAAUCAUUAGAGCAACGACUAUACUGUGUGUGGUGUACGUAUUUACAUAAGCUGGCAAGCUGUGGGAUGUAACCAAUGAUAAGCUGUUCAGUUUAGUCCUCCCCUCCAUUGAUGAGUUCAAAAAAAUUUCGAAUGUUUUACUUUAUUUGAUUUUAUUUUGUGCUCUCAUCAUUUACUUUGCCUGUAGCGAACUUAAUGACACUAUUGUUGAAGCUCAACUAAGGACAAGACAAGUCCCACCUUUCCUUCCGACGAAAAUCGCUGUUGAACGUUAUUUGCAGUCCAGGAACCGAUUGCUUAUCUUGGUAUCUCCCUCUUCAUGCAUCACCAGCUUUUUAGUUGGACAGAGAAAAUAACAAUAUAGCUAUUUUCUCUUUCUGUUGCAUGUUGCCGCAGAUACUUUUCGUUCUGACUGUUAACGCAUAGGUAGUAGGUUCUUGAACGAAGUUUUCCUAGUCGACGUUGUAUCAUAUACUUGUGGUGCGCUCUCAAUGACAUGGUCAGUGCUGCAUGCGGAAUAGAGAUUUUGGUCUCUGCUGUUACCUCUCUGGAUCAGCUCGCCGUCCUUUUUGCUCCAUCUCGCAAUCUGCUGUCAUGUAUGAUGACCUUGAUCUUCACGUUGUCACGUAAUUAAUCUGCUCUGGCUUUCUCUGCGAUGUCGCCAUCUCAUCCGCAUCUGAGCCCUUGUUUCUGUGGUGUUGGGGCUUGAUUGUGUCGCUUUAUAUGUUGGUCCGUGGCGGAAAUCAAUUUAUCCGAUUCUUUCUUUAAAUGAUGAUCAUAUCAACUCCGGUCGUCCAAUUGCAGGGUUUCAAUGCUACGUUGACGGAGCCCGUGGAGACUCCCGGCAGAAGGGGCGGCGACCAGAUUAAGGAAAUGGAGCUCAAAUUGCAUCCCGAGCUGAAAGACCCUCUGAGCGCUCUCUGCAAUGAUCCGAAGACCACCGUCGUGGUCGUCAGCGGUAGCGACAGAAGCGUCCUCGACGACGUAUGGAUUCUUGCCGUUUCCUCGUGAUCGCAUCGGUCUGUAACAGUUAUCGGGAAGGCAAUUCCAGGGCCUGAUUGCUUUAAUGUCUUCUUCUCUGCUCAGAAUUUCGGAGAAUACAACAUGUGGCUGGCUGCCGAGAACGGAAUGUUCCUGCGCCUGACCAAGGGGGAAUGGAUGACGACCAUGCCAGAGCACCUGAACAUGGAUUGGGUCGAGAGCGUGAAGGUACCCCUCCUCUAUGCCUCUCUGCUCUGCUCGCACUGUCGCAUCCCGCAUUGAUCACACCCCAUCGCCUCCUUCCUGCUCCAGCAUGUUUUUGAGUAUUUCACUGAGAGAACCCCAAGAUCCCACUUCGAGCAACGCGAUACGUCGCUCGUCUGGAACUACAAGUACGCAGGUAUCCCCCCCCCCCCUCCUUCCCUCUCAAAAUCCUACCUUUUCUUCGCUUUCCCGUCAUGAAGACUCGAGCGAGCUGCUUCACUUGUCCCAUGCACAGAUGUGGAGUUUGGAAGGCUUCAAGCGAGAGACAUGCUGCAGCACUUGUGGACUGGACCAAUCUCUAACGCCGCCGUCGACGUUGUCCAGGGCAGCCGGUCCGUCGAGGUUCGCGCCGUCGGCGUCACGAAGGUGCGGGAGGUUACAUGCCGACGCCUCCAAAUCACGGCGGCGGCGCUUCUCGUUCAUUCCUAUAGCUCACCACUCACUGCCGUCGCAAUGGAUUCAAGAUGGGCUGAUGAGAUUCUCUCUCUCCUGUUCCUUCGCAGGGCGCGGCGAUUGAUCGCAUUCUAGGAGAGAUCGUCCACAGCAAAUGCAUGGUGACGCCGAUUGACUACGUUUUAUGCAUCGGGCAUUUCCUCGGGAAGGUGAUCCUCCCUCUUUCUUGUCCAUGGAUAGGGCUCUUCAUGGGGCAGCUGACUGAUGACAGAGAACCCGUCGUCGUCGCUGUGCUUCAUCAGGACGAAGACAUCUACACGUUCUUCGAGCCGGAGCUCCCGGCCGAGCCCCUGAACUCGUCAAGGACGAAGGCAGCGGAGAUGGGCAAGUCGUCGGCAACGGAGCGGAAGACCUCGAAGCUGUCGAGCGUGAGGAACAGCCUGAGGACAAGCCAUGGGCGAGCGCAGAAGGUCUCGGUUGGGUCGGAGAGGAAAACGACGAUCAACUACUCCUUCGCAGGGUCUCGCUCCCCGCAGGACAAGCUCGCGUGGAACGAGGGAUCGUCCGUUCUGGACCUGAACGGGAACAACUACUUCUCCUGCGCCGUCGGCCGGAAGCGCUCCAAUGCCCGUUACCUCCUCGACUCCGCCGACGACGUGGUGACGUUCCUCCGGGAUCUAGCGGCGGCACCACGAGGUCCUCCCCGUUGA